AUGAAGCUGCACUCACGAACUGCGCCUCUAGAGAACGUAAACGCAGCCCAACCGGCGCCUGUUCCGACCCUGUACAAGCGCGAGCUGCCGGAUUCGCAGGAAUCCUUUGUAUCUGCUGCGUCCAGUACAUUCUCCGCGCCCCAAUUGCCGUCGUCGUCGAGUAACCUAUCCGCGUCCACCGUUGCAGAGACCGAUUUCACGUCGCCUUCAUCUUCGAAUGUGCUCUCAGCCCAGAAGCACACCGCAGAACGAGCGGUUCCCCCAUCCCUGGCCCGAUCUCGCGUGCAGAAUGCGCCGUUACGGAUCGAUGCCGUGAACGCGCCGCGAACUGGUGACACAGCAGCGAGCCCCAUGUCGCUCGACUCUCCUGUGACCCAAGGAUUCAAGAGGACCGCAGAUGGGUCAGUGAAGGGCGCCGGACUAGCCGUGGACAGCGCUAUGGUGCCUUCGAUAGGACAUAAGAGAAAUAAGAGCAUGGAGUCCAGUUCGAGCGGCCGGAUCGGAGAGCUUUCCGCCCAGCUAAAGACGCGCCUAUCCUACGCCAUGGUCAAGGUGCAGAACGGUUGGGAAAAGCAGUCGCUCGAAGAACUUGAAGAAGCCGCCUCACAACGUGGCUCACCUGUCUCGGCCCAGGGUAGAAGCGGUGACCCCCGCCUGACCUUUGAUUCGCCCUCAGGAGCAGAGCGUCGGCGCCGCCCAAGUGGUGUAUCGGAGAACUCUGACCAGAUGAUGAUAUCUCCCGGCCAGAGUACUCCAUCAGAUCCAUCGAGAUCUCUUGCUGCAACUCCAUCAUCAUACUGGCGUUCUGGGGCUAAGCCUGCUAUGAACGCUGCAGUUAGUCUUAUAUCCGUCACCGGCUCGAACGCUGGCCCCAUGCUUGGCCCUGCCCCAGACAUCAGCUCUCGAAGAAAGCGCCGCUCAAGCGCUUCGCAUGCUCCUCCACCACUUCUGAGUGCCAAUCAGCGGAAACACUAUAGUGAUCUGGGCGCCACUCCUCGAACUCCCGCUACCCCCCGAGCAGGCAUCCUUCGUAUGCCCAGCCAGCAGGCCGAGAAGGAUGCCGUAGACACGCUUCUUUUCAUGAGCAGUCCCAACAAUUCAAAUCGCCUUGCCCACACCGGCAUAGACGCUCAGAGUCAGCGAUCAAAUAUUCCACCUCCUGCACGACGAGUAAUGUUCGAGAAUUUCCCCCCAAGCGAAAAGGCGCCAAUGAAUGUGCAACAAUCGCAAGCACCGCGCACUCAGCAACCGGCCUAUCCCCGAGCAGACCUUGCGCGAUGA